CCCCUGACAAAGUUACUCUGCAGGCAUCGAGUGAAGAUUCUUCUUUUUCGGCUCUUUAGACGGUUUAAAUUAAGUGAAAGAGCGGGAAUCGUUGUAACAAGGGUCAGUUGUAACUCUUUCCAUUUGUCCAAUCAGGAACAAGAUGUCUCAAACCAGCUGAGAUCCAACACCUGUCGGUUUCUGUUUGUAUUUACUGGAGAAGAACCCCCACGAAAAUCGUCAGACUCCCACAGCUGAUGCUGCGAUGUCUGAGGAGCAGAGUGAACCCUGAGAUACGACUGUCUGCUGUCGGCCGUCACUGCCGUAGCAAAGAUGGAGACGCCUGUGAAGUUGCAGCUGCUGCACACUUUGGAGGCUUUGGGGUGUCGAGAACUGAACCGCUUCCAGUGGUACCUGCAGGAUCCUGACUUACUGGGUGGUUUCUCUGCCAUCAAAAAGUGUGAGCUGGAGAAUGCAGGGAGAGAGAAAACAGUGGAUUUGAUGGUCGGCGCGUACACUACUGAAAAUAUUAUGCAGGUGGCAAGGUUCAUUUUAAAGAAGAUGGAAAUGAAUGAAGGAAAAUGGUCACAAGUUUGGCCCCAAGAUCCAUCAGCACUUGCAGCUUUUGCAGCAGAGGCUCUUCACAAAUGCCAACCUAAACUCAAAUCUAACCUGAAGAAGAAGUUCCAGUUUGUGUUUGAGGGGAUCGCUAAAGCAGGAAAACCAACCCUUCUGAACCAGAUCUACACAGAGCUCUACAUCACAGAGGGAGGGACUGGAGAGGUCAAUGAUGAACAUGAGGUCAGACAGAUUGAAACAGCAUCCAGGAAACCAGUCAGACCAGAAACAACCAUCAGACAAGAAGACAUCUUUAAAGCCUCACCUGUAAGAGACGAACCAGUCAAAUCAGUGAUGACACUGGGAAUGGCUGGCAUUGGGAAAACAGUCUUAAUACAGAAGUUCACUCUGGACUGGGCUGAAGACAAAGACAACCAGGACAUACAGUUCACAUUUCCAUUCACCUUCAGAGAGCUGAAUGUGCUGAAAGAACAAAAGUUCAGCUUGGUGGAACUUGUUCAUCACUUCUUUACUGAAACCAAAGAAGCAGGAAUCUGCAGGUUUGAUCAGUUCCAGGUCGUGUUCAUCUUUGACGGUCUGGAUGAGUGUCGACUUCCUCUGGACUUCCACAACACUGAGAUCCUGACUGAUGUUACAGAGUCCACCUCAGUGGACGUGCUGCUGACAAACCUCAUCAGGGGGAAACUGCUUCCCUCUGCUCGCCUCUGGAUAACCACACGACCUGCAGCAGCCAAUCAGAUCCCUCCUGAGUGUGUUGACGUGGUGACAGAGGUCAGAGGGUUCACUGACCCACAGAAGGAGGAGUACUUCAGGAAGAGGUUCAGAGAUGAGGAGCAGGCCAGCAGGAUCAUCUCCCACAUCAAGACAUCACGAAGCCUCCACAUCAUGUGCCACAUCCCAGUCUUCUGCUGGAUCACUGCUACAGUUCUGGAGGAAGUGUUGAAAACCAGAGAGGGAGGAGAGCUGCCCAAAACCAUGACUGAGCUGUACAUCCACUUCCUGGUGGUUCAGCUAAAACUGAAGAACAUCAAGUAUGAUGGAAGAACCGGUACAGAUCCACACUGGAGUCCAGAGAGCAGGAAGAUGAUUGAGUCUCUGGGAAAACUGUCUUUUGAGCAGCUGCAGAAAGGAAACUUGAUCUUCUAUGAAUCAGACCUGACAGAGUGUGGCAUCGAUAUCAGAGCAGCCUCAGUGUACUCAGGAGUGUUCACACAGAUCUUUAAAGAGGAGAGAGGCCUGUACCAGGACAAGGUGUUCUGCUUCGUCCAUCUGAGUGUUCAGGAGUUUCUGGCUGCUCUUCAUGUCCAUCUGACCUUCAUCAAGUCUGGACUCAAUCUGAUGUCGGAAGAACAGUCCACAUCCUGGUGGUCUCAACUGUUCAGAAAAAAACCUGAACCAACAAACCUCUACCAGAGAGCUGUGGACGAGGCCUUACAGAGUCCAAAUGGACACCUGGACUUGUUCCUCCGCUUCCUCCUGGGUCUUUCACUGCAGACCAAUCAGACUCUCCUACGAGGUCUGAUGUCACAGACAGGAAGUGGCUCACAGACCAAUCAGGGAAUAAUCCAGUACAUAAAGAGAAGGAUCAGAGAGAUUUCAUCUCCAGAGAAGAUCUUAAGUCUGAUCGAAUGUCUGCAUGAACUGAAGGAUCCUUCUCUACAGGAGGAGAUCCAGUGGUACCUGGAGUUAACUAAAGAGACAACAGAGGAAUUCAGGCUUUGCCGUUUAUUACAGGAGUUAGGCAGCAGGCUGGAUGAUGAACUAAGCUUGCAGCGCAUGGUGAAUCAGCUCUCUUUUGGACAACGCUUUCUCGUGUAUCUUUUCGUCACCUGGAAUUUUUUAAAGUAUAGGUUUUGGGCUUUUUAUGCUUUUUUUCGAUAGUACAGUAGAGAGACAGGAAAGGGGGAGGUAGAGAGAGGGGGAAUGACAUGCAGCAAAGGCCGUCCGAUGCGGGACUGGGGCCAAUUCGGGGCCAACUGCAGCGAGGACUGUGGCCUCUACACAUGGGGCGCCUGCUUAAACCACUACGCCACACAACGCCCCGAACUCAUGGUAUUUAAGUGCAUCUGAUUUGAUUCCUCUUCCAUGUGCUUAGUUUCUCUCUGGUGUGGUCCUACGUGUCAUUUUACAGAUACUGAGAUUGAGAUGGUUUCAAAUGAUUCUACUCUUAUAACAUUUAUUGGCAUUUAUUUUUUACUUUGCUACCAUACGAAUUACUGUUUUUUUAAAUUGUUUAAUUUAAUAUACAACAAUAUUUCUGUUAAAUAAACAACAAUGUUUUAUUUCCAUCAAAAUAAAGAAAGUGGUAAAAAAUG